UAUAUCCACGGGACAAUCUUCAGGCACAACACGAGUUCUAGUUAGUCCAGUUCUUCGCUUGGUGCACGCUCCAGCGUAAUGAACAAAAUGUUAUAUAGAGUAAGAGGCGAAAUCAGUCGAAACUAUCAUCAGCGUCAGCUUUAUUAUAUAGCGUGAUGAGCCAUCAAUUCAAACAAUAUCUUACUAAAGGAUAAUUUUACUAUUCACCGAAAGGUACAAUAUUUAUAGCGUAAAAAUUUUAAUAUAGAAAACUUGAUAUCUCGAGAUAUUUUCUCAAGUACAAUAAAUUUUUUCUUUACUAAAUGAUUUUGGAAUUUCAUCGGCUAACCUUGGUGAUGAACGUAGCUAGCUCCGCCCUUUAUAUAUGUACUCCAUUCUAAAAUAUAAUAAUUUUUAGACUUCAGGAUUUGUCAUAAAAUAUAAUAACUUCUCCAUUAAUAUUCUUUUCCCAACCAAUCACAAUCCCCACCAUUUACUUUUCAUACAUACCUCCACUACUCAUCCAAUCACAACUCUCCACUACUCAUUUCUAAUUACUUUCUUAAUAAUCGUAUCUAAUCUUAAAACUUCUUAUAUCUGGGACGGAGGGGUAUUAUUUUAAACCAAGAAGAAACGUUUCGAGCAUGACAUUGUUUUCGCUCGGAUAAGAGUCACGCGGCAUACUUGCUUCAUCUGAGUACUAUUGCAAGUAAAGAUGAACUCUGGCCUUUAAUUGCAAAGGGUCCAGGAACAUCAAAAGGAAAGAAAGAAACUAAACAACUGCCAUCUCCAUGUUUCUUUUUGAACGAAAGGUCAUCCUCAUGUAUCGAUGGACUUUAAAGUAUCGAACCGAAACGAUACUCCAGCUGACAUUAAUGGAAGUUUUUUUUUUUCUACACCAAAGAUGUAUAUAUGUACACAAACCAUUACGUAUGCACCUGUACCUACGCACACGUGAGUGCAACCCCUUGUCUCUUCAUCGGACCCAUGAUGUUUAUUGUCCAACAUAAACCACCUAAUUGGUAGGUGGAAAUGCAAACCUAGACAAUUAUUGAAAAUGAAAUUGUAGUUUCUGGAACUGGCAAAGCUAGAAAAAAAAAAGAGCUUAGAGCAAGGCAAUGGCUCCAACUGCUGUCGAUUCGAAAAGGAUUUCUGACAUCACUGAAGAUGGAUCAAUGGACAGGCGAGGAAAUCCGGCAGUUAAAGCAAAAACUGGGAAUUGGAGAUCUUCCAUCCUCUUGCUAGUCAACUAUGGGCUCGUGACAUGCGCCUUCUUCGGCGUCGGGGUGAACCUUGUGGUGUUCCUGCGGCGGGUGCUCCACCAGGACAACGCAGAGGCAGCCAACAGCAUCAGCAAGUGGACCGGCACGGUCUACAUCUUCUCCCUCAUCGGCGCCUUCAUGAGCGACUCCUACUGGGGCCGAUACAUCACGUGUGCAAUCUUCCAGAUGAUCUAUGUCACGGGCCUGGUGAUACUGUCACUCGCGUCGUGGUUCUUGCUGGUGAAGCCCACCGGCUGCGGCGCCGCGGGGGAGCACUGCGACGCGCCGUCGAGCGCCGGCGUCGCGCUCUUCUACCUGUCGACCUACAUGAUCGCGUUCGGCAACGGAGGGUACCAGCCGUCCAUCGCCACGUUCGGCUCCGACCAGUUCGACGAGACGGACCCCAGGGAGGCCCGCUCCAAGGUGGCCUUCUUCAGCUACUUCUACCUGGCGCUCAACGUGGGCUCCCUCUUCUCCAACACGGUGCUGGUGUACUACGAGGACGAGGGGAGGUGGGUCAUGGGGUUCUGGGUCUCGGCCGCGGCGGCGGCCAUGGCGCUCGUGCUCUUCUUGCUCGGCACCCCCAACUACCGCCACUUCAAGCCGACCGGCAACCCGUUGACCCGCAUCGCGCAGGUGUUCGUCGCCGCGUUCCGCAAGUGGCGCGCCGAGGUGCCACGCAGCGAGCUCCUGCACGAGGUUGACGGCGACGAGUCCCAGAUUGCUGGCAUCCGAAAGAUCCUCCACAGCGACCAGAUCAGGUUCCUUGACAAGGCGGCGACGGUCACCGAGGAGGACUACUGCACGCCGGAGAACAUGCAGGAUCCGUGGAGGCUGUGCACGGUGACCCAGGUGGAGGAAGUGAAGUGCAUCCUGAAGAUGCUGCCCAUCUGGCUGUGCACGAUCGUAUACUCGGUGGUGUUCACCCAGAUGGCGUCGCUGUUCGUGGAGCAGGGAACCACCAUGAACACCAACAUCGGGUCGUUCCACGUGCCCGCGGCGAGCAUGUCGGUGUUCGACAUCCUCAGCGUGCUGGCGUUCAUCGCCAUCUACCGGCGCGUGCUCGUGCCGGUCAUGUCGCGCCUGUCCGGCAACCCGCAGGGGCUGACCGAGCUGCAGCGGAUGGGCGUGGGGCUCGUGGUCGGCAUGGCGGCCAUGGUGGUCGCCGGCGUGGUGGAGGUGGAGCGGCUGAAGCGGGUGGGCGCGCCGGACCAGCCGAGCUCCCUGAGCGUGCUGUGGCAGGUGCCGCAGUACGCGCUGAUCGGGGCGUCGGAGGUGUUCAUGUACGUGGGGCAGCUGGAGUUCUUCAACGGGCAGGCCCCCGACGGCGUGAAGAGCUUCGGGAGCUCGCUGUGCAUGGCGUCCAUCUCGCUGGGGAACUACGUGAGCAUCAUGCUGGUGAGCGUGGUCACCAGCCUCACCGCCGGCGACAGGCGGCCCGGGUGGAUCCCCGGGAACCUCAACUCCGGCCACCUCGACAGGUUCUACUUCCUCCUCGCCGCGCUCUCGCUGGUCGACCUCGCCGUGUACGUCGCGUGCGCCGUGUGGUACAAGGGCAUCAAGCUCGACAGCAACGAGGAGAAGGCGAACAAGAUCACCGUGCACGUUUAGGCUUCGGGCCUGUAACUCGUGACGGCUCCUGUUUAGAUACUGGGAUGGCAACUAGGCUUGCCGUAGUAAUAACGACGCGUGACAGAAUCAUGUAUGGCCCAUGCAACUUCUCUGUCACGACUAAACUCCAGGAGCUAUAUAUAGCCAGCCCAUGUUCGAACCAUGUAUUAUUGGAUUUUGGGAAUAAGUUCACUUGGUGACCCUCAAAAGUGAUUAAAAUCUAA